AUUUGCAUGGAAACGAUGAACUACAGUCUUCUAUUCACGACCAUUAUUUUCAUUAGUAAAUUAAAUGCAAUAUACUGCCAAGAGAAAAGACCAAUCUUUCGAAUAUUGGCUCCACAAGUAAUAUGUAAAAAUACCAAAGAUGAUGCCGCAGACACACCACCACAAAUAACAAUAAGUAUGCAAACGGAAGGUGGACAAAAGCUUACAUAUCGUGUUCGAAUGUAUUUCGAAGUUUUGGGUGGCUACCAAGGUCAACAAAAGGCCUUAUCAUUGUGGCGAGCCGUGCGAACAAUGGAAAAGAAAAUUAACAUAAAAGACAAAGAUCUGAUUUCGGAUAAGAAUCAAAUAAAUGUCAACAAUACUGAAUUGGUACAAGGAGUAUAUUACGUUUUCACAAUAACAGGCAUCGAUGAAAAUGGCUAUGAGAGUGAGCCGGACAAUUUUACGGUUACAUACAGUGACGGAAAAAUUAAAAGAACAAAUCCGGACGGAUCAGUCAUACCAGAUGACAUAACAUUUUUGAUGUUGGGAAGUGAAACAGCAUACGCAAAUCUGGAAUACAAAAUUGAAGCAAACGUAAAGUUCUGUACGCCACGUUAUAACUACUAUUUCGAGUGGGAAGUGUCUAAUUUACCAGAGCGUCAUAAAAAUAUUGUGAACAUUCCGGGAAGCACUCUAAGGGUUCCUGUUGGGGUAUUUGAAGCCGGUCACACGUACACAAUUUCUGCGAAACUAGUCCAAUCAAACGAUUCGCGUGUUUUGCUUUCCGAUUCCAUUAAUGUGAGCAUCAAAAAAAGGGGAUUUACAGCGAAAUUAAUUCCGGAAAACGUUUUAAUUGGUAUAAGUCGACCCCUGGAAUUGCGUCUACUCUACUCAGAUCUCGACAAUUCAGGAUUGAAGCCGAAUAUCAGUUGGAUGUGCAAAGAAGUAUCAGACGAUCACGACUGUGAUAAUGUUGAAGAAAUUUCCGAAUAUCAAUUGAGCGUAGAGAUAUACGAGAAGGGAACAUAUGCGGUAGAUGCCAACGUACUGCUAGAUACUAGCGUAACUGCGGUAUCAAAUAUAUUGGUCGAUCCUGAAAUUAUUGUAGUGCCGCUGUUUAAAAAUCCACCUCUUCAAGCUAUUCCAGCCGAAGAUUCGUUUGAGAUGGAAACUACAAUCGAUGGUUUAAUCCCAUACUGUCACGCCUACUGGAGCGUUGUUAAUGAGACUGGAUACGAAUACUUUGAUAGUACAUUGAUUCCAGGUGGUUUGGGAAACAUUUCCAUCACCGAUAUUGAGGGAAAUUUCUUAUCCGAACUUGCAGAUUUUGUCAAUUCAACGGUUACUCGUGAUAUUUCGUUAGUUGUUCCGAGGAAGGGGGCAUUUCCUGAUUGGAACGGAUUGAAACCGAAUUCAAAGUACAAAUUUCGCCUAAUCACAACGUGCCCCGCACCAAUUUAUGACUCCAUGAAUCAGACUAAAAGCCAGACAAGACAAAAUGCCACAAGUUACGCAGAUAUCACCAUAUUAACCAAUCAGGCCCCGGUUGGAAAACCAUUGGAAGUUACUCCGCAAACGGGUGUCGGUAUGAAAACCGUUUUUAAAUUUUCAACUGGUGUGGCUUUAGAUGAAAGCGACGAUUAUCCACUAAAAUAUAAUUUUCUAAUUGAAUUUGAUGGCAUUAAAAUCAGUAUAGGAGAGUUUUACGAAAAUAUGGUCACAACCAGUCCACUUCCUUUUUCGGAGACAAACGUAACGACCAUGUACGAGACAUGCGAUUCAAGAGAGGCGUGCUCAAUCGUAAAUGGUCCUACAAUCGUAACCACCAUGCCAUCGGACGAUGAAAUUGAUUUGGGAGAUAUAAUCAGUAAUAUUAAAGCUUCAAUGUCCCGAAUGGAAUAUGAUCAAUCAUUUUUCGUCGCUCUGGUAGCUGGAAUGUCUUUAAAGAAUCACAAUUUAUUUGCCAGCUUUAAAGAAAAUUUCACAAAAAUUGUUCGAAACGAAAUAAACAGACUGCUGGAAAAUCCCACAAGCUACAUACCACCAUUGGAAAUCGUAAAAUUUGUGAAUUAUUCGAAAACAUCGCAUCAAAUAAUUAGUGAAGAUGAUGCCAUCAAUCGUGGGCUUCUAGAGCUGUUGGAAAUGACCGAAAAUAGGGAAUAUGCGAAACAAAUUCGAUCCGAACCGAUUGCUUCAAGAAAGAAACGGGCUCUGAAGGACAUUGACAGUAAAACGGAGAGAAUGAAUUUAGAAUUGCAAAUGUUGGAGAAAUUAAUUCAGUCAAAGAAUGAAACAGAAUCGGUUGAUGCGAUGAAACGUUUGACGGAAAAGGUGAAAACAUUUGUCACUCGCCUCUGCAAUGGCACAUCAUUUUCUUCUGUGAUUUUGAACAAAUCAAUAAUUAAUAUGGAAAUUCGUGAAACGAGUGUGAACCAAAUUAUACGCACCAACUUAACCAUACCGUACGAUUCAUAUCAACGACGGUCGUAUAUUCAAAUCAAUGGAAAUUUAAAAGUUAAUCCACGGAAUAGGUUUUGUGUUGGUAAAAUUAUGUUUCCUAGCGACUAUUUAAGUGGACAGAAAAACGCCAAUGAAAUAUACGAUCUCAUCAUUGUCGAGAAAAGUACAGGGGAAAUUAACGUAGUCGACGUUAGUGACGGCAAUCGUGGUGAACAGAGUGUUUCACUGAGUAUUCCAAUUACAAAAGAAUCUGGAAAUUUCGAGUGUCAAGUAUGGGAAAACGGAGUGUGGUCAUCUAAUGUUUGUACCACUUCAUCGAUUAAAAACGGUUACGUGUAUUGUGGAUGCAAAAAAAUUAGCACAUUCAGAGCUGUAGAAAAAGUGAGUGAAAUGAAUUCGACAACUGCGAAUGUUGCGGUUACAACGUUACCCACUACAAUUGAGCCCGUUCCAAGUCCACCUGGAACAAUAGCUCCUGUUGAAGUUUCCACAAACCCUGCUACUAUUACUACUACAACUACCGAAUUGCUAACAUCAACAGUCAAUACGACUGUUAAUUUAGUAACGACGUCAUUAGCGGAAACUACUCAUAAUGAACCGACAACAACAACAACUACGGUUAUGAGUGUUACGUACGUUGAAAACUUUCCAACGAAUCCAAAUUUAACAUCAAACGUUGAAAACAGUACUAUUGCUAAUAACAUCCUCAACGCUACCGCGUCGGACAUUGUGGAGAUUGUAACACUAAACAACACUUCUACACUUACUACUGCAUUGAGUUCAACAUCUUCAAAUCUUUCUCUAACCACCUUAACCGAGCCUACAACAUUACUUGCAAAUGCUACCACUAUUUUACCAGAAACAACAAACAGUAACUCGGAGACAAUUUUCACGACCAUAGUCUCCACUAUUAAUGGCACUGUAACGGGACCGCAUAAGGAUACGCUAACAGCGAGCGAGAAGACAUCAUACUCGUCAACAACUGGAUAUACAUUGGCGGUGAUAUUUAUCGUUGCGGGGAUUUUCAUAGUGGCUGCGGUAUUCAUUUACAAUCGUCGUAAGAAACCAAAUUCUUUGGCUCAACAACUGGAGAUAAUUUCGUCAGAAAUUCGUACAUCGAAUAAUGCUGUAAAAUAUGCACGUUUCCACGACGAACAGACAAUGCGCGGAGAUAAUAUUGAAACUAUAUUCACAGCACAGUGAGACCCGCAACAAAGAAAAUUUCUAUAAAUUAUAAAUGGGAAAUCAAUGUGGUAGUUUGCAACGAGAAUAUUGUAAACUCUUCCCUGGUGUAUAAUUCUCAUUCUGUUUUCAGAUCUAUCAACCACACUAUUCUAAAGAGACAAAAUCAAGUCAACAUGAUUUUGCGACAGGUCAAUUUCAAUUCUACACGUCUUGUUCAAGUUCUUUUUAUAAUCAAUAAAUCUUUAAAUUGUUCA